CCGAAACUGGGCGUUCCAAACAAUUGGGACCCGGGAUCCUCCGCGAGCAAGACUGUACUGCAUUUGCUCCGGUUCCCAUCCUAAUAAGAGCUUCUCACUCAACUUUUAAGCAUGCCUCCCACCCGGGACUCUUUCCAACAACCUACAUUAGAUAACGACGACUCCCGCUUGGGAAAACUGCCGGCUUCUAAGAAAUUGCCACACAAGAACCAAACUCACCUUGAUCAACAACUGGAACCCUGGAGUCGACUCAGCUCAACUCCCACAAUCAACUCCAUAAGGCAGGAUGCCUAUUUUUUUAAUCCCACGAUACCAAAGGAUGACCUGGAUUUCCGCUUAACCACCUUGUAUGAUCACCACAGUGGGGCAUUCAAGAACAAAAGUGAGAUCCUGUUACACCAGGAGACUAUCCAGGACACCCACAAAACCAAGUGCCUGUCUGGGGAAUGUUUACCCCUUCCUGCUCCACCCCCCAUCACUUCCUGGACCAUCAGACACUGGAUUAAUCCUAAGAAGGAAUGUAUCCACAGCGUCCAGGGAUCCAUAGUGUCUCCUCAUACAGCAGCCACCAAUGGCGGUUACUCCCGAAAGAAUGAUGGUGGUUUCUUCUCCACCUAGUGUUGACAGGUCAGUGGACUGUGGACAUCCUGCCAUCUAUUUCCAUUAAAUAGAUUUGUGCAAAAUGAA